UCACACAUGGGAUCGGUGCUCGGUCUGUCCGCCUCGCGCAGCCCGGUGUCACGCAACCACAACAGAUCCCGGUCCGGUCAACACCAGGCUUUAUUCUAAGGGGUCGCCUCCUACCUCUAAAUCCUUCAUUUUUACCCUUCUCCUUCUACUUUUAUUUUUUAUUUCCCAUUAUUUUUCUCCUUGAUUUUUCCCCUGUCGCCGAUCGCCACCGAGGAGUACUACCACACCAGCAGAUUUAUCUAUUUUUUUAAUUUACAUUUUUUUUUUUUUAAUUUGAUUUUUUUUUUCCUAAUCUCUCAUCGCCGCGAUGGAGAAAAUGUCCAGACAUCCCAUCCCGGUGAAUCCAAGUUUUCUACCUCCGGCGACGCACGGCGUGCUCAAAUCUCUCUUGGAAAACCCGAUGAAGCUGCCACUCCAUCAUGAAGCGUUCAACAAGGAGCAGGAGAAGGAGAAGAACCUGGAGGAGGAGCGCAGCGCCCCCCAGUCGGCCUUCCUGGGCCCCACGCUGUGGGACAAGACCCUGCCCUACGAUGGAGACAACUUCCAGCUGGAGUACAUGGACCUGGAGGAGUUCCUGUCGGAGAACGGCAUCCCCUCCAGCCCCUCCCAGCACCAGCCGCACGCUCAGCACCAGCCUCCCAUCAUGCCCCAGGCGCCGGCGACGCCAUCGCCCUCCGUGAUCGACCUCAGCAACCGCGCCACGACCUCCGUACACACGACCUUGGUCUCCCCGAACUGCCUGCACAGCAGCCCGGCCAGAGCAGGCCUGCCCAGCUCCAGAAACACCCCGAGCCCCAUCGAUCCAGAGUCCAUCCAGGUGCCAGUGGGUUAUGAACCCGACCCGGCCGACCUGGCGCUGUCGAGCGUCCCGGGACAGGAAAUGUUCGACCCGCGCAAGCGCAAGUUCACGGCCGAGGAGCUCAAGCCCCAGCCGAUGAUCAAGAAAGCCCGCAAGGUCUUCAUCCCCGAAGAUAUGAAGCAGGACGACAAAUACUGGGCCAGGCGCAGGAAGAACAACAUGGCCGCCAAGCGCUCGCGGGACGCCCGGCGGCUGAAGGAGAACCAGAUCGCCAUCCGGGCCGGCUUCCUGGAGAAGGAGAACUCAGCCCUGCGGCUGGAGGUGGCCGACCUGAGGAAAGAGCUCGGCCGCACCAAGAACAUCCUGGCCAAGUACGAAGCACAGCAUGGACCGCUGUGAGGACACACACUUACACACACACACACACACAUAUAUACACCCACACACACAAACACACUGAGAAUGACAAGCCCACUCUCCGCCAGUGAUCCUGUUGUCACCUGUGCUCCGGUUCCCCAAAGUGUCUCAUUCUGAGGUAUGACACAAGAAGAAACCAUACAUGCACCCGUGCAUGUAGACAACACACACACACACACACACACACACACACACACACACACAAACAAACAUAUACAAUCCGUGCAAAAACACACACAACUCUUUAGGAAUCUCCUUGGCCCUGUGAACUCUCCUCAUGGACUCCUGUGUGGUUUUUCCUCUAGCUGUCCAGAGAUGCUAAACUGCCACUCCGCCCCACCCCCCACCCACCUGUACACCCCCCACUCAAUCACCCAACGCCCCCUGCCCCACCCCACCACCACCCCAAUGUAUGGUUACGGCACUUUAGAAGUACAGCUUUUCAGUCAAAAAAAUACAAGAAACGACAGAAAUCAGCGAAGCAAAACUCACUUUUUCACCGUUUCUUUUCUUUCUUUCUUUUUUUUUUUGCUCCAUCACUCACAGUUUUAUUUUCUCACAGACUACCUACCUGGCAGGUGGUUUCCCCACCUGUUGAUUUUGUACAUAGUGUUUAUGGUUCAUGUGCUGUACCAUAGCCUUUCUUCUCCUUUCUAAUGACCGUUGUAUAUGAAUGUGUACCUCCUCCGCUCUCCUGAUUCAUCAAACAGCAUCUGCUCUUUAUUAUUAUUAUAAUUAUUAUUGUUAUUAUGAUUUUUUUUUGGUUUUGUUUGGGUUCAUAUAAGACCAGGCUAGACGACUGCUUCAGUACAUGUACAGUUCAUUGUGCUCAUUAACCGUGGCGAGGUUCAUACGCACAGGGUGUUGAAAAUACCACCGGUCACUGGGGUUCAAUGUAAAGUUCGAUAUUCCACCUGAUUGGACUGCCAUCACACCUGAAUGGACAUUAUCAGUCGUAACUCCCCCUGCAGGUAUGAGGUAGUAGGUGCAUCUUCUUGUGCAGUGGUUCUCAAACUUUUUUCAAGAAUGUACCCCCUUUGAAAUAUUUCCUCAGCCAAAAGUAAAACAAAAAAUACAAUACAGUGUCAUCAGCAUACGAGACAACAACCUGAUACUGAGGAGAUUUUGUUGUUUCUGUUUCUGUGGCGGCGGGUAUGACUGAUAACGUCCAUUCAGUGAUGUGAUAACAGUCCAAUCAGGUGGAUAAUCUCACAACGACGGCUGCCGAGCAUCAUUUCGCUUUUAUUUUGAAAUGAAGCCGCAGCCGACCGCUUCACUCUGGGUGACAAACUGUAUUUUCAAUACCGUCUGAGGUAAAUUUAGACUGUAGUACUUGUGCUUGUGAACUGGGCCUUUGUUGAUAAAUGUGACAUUUUCCCUUCAUUUCGGUAACUUCAGUGUUUUGUAUGUUGUUUGUACGGUGAAGUCAUCCCGGACGGUGUUUGGCCAUACUUCUUACCUUACACUUCACUCGGUAAAUGUACGUACACGUUGAGGGAUUGGAUGUCCUUCCCCCCUGUCUGUCUGAUCCAAAUCCAUCUAAUUUGUCUUUUUUAAUUAUUAUUAUUAUUAGAGUUAAGCUGUAUGUAAGUUGUUGCACCAUGCCACUGUACACACUUUAAUUGGUAAAAGUCCUUUACUUGCCUUGAUAAUGGAACCUGCCGCACUGGAGACACAGAGGAAGACGCUGCAGAAAUCCCAAUUCUUAAUCCAGUUUGCUCAAAUACUGGAGAAUAAUUUUGAAAAAAUAAAAAUAAUAGUUUUGCUGUUCUGUAAGCUGGAAGUUACAGGAAAGAUCUGGCAACUUGUUUUAAACUGGUAAAAACAGCAGGGCUGGGUAGGCUGCUUCGAAACUGUAUUCCAUUACCGUUACGGUUUUGAUUACAUUUUCUUCUAUGCCAAAGAACAGAUGCCACGACUGUAUUUUAAUGGCCUUUUGUUCCAUUUUCUUAUCGUUUUUGUUCCGUACAGCAAUCCAAUGCAAAUCCUCUGGUUAUUUACUUCAGUGCAAUAGAGUUUCUGUAUUUAACUUCAAACAGGAUUCAUAGAAAUAAUACUUAUUUUUUGAAACAGUUAUAUGCUAUCAAAAUACAUUAUUUUUGUAGGUAACAUAAUGGAAUACAGUCACAUUUUUGAAAUCAACACCUUUGCAAAUAUUCAGGUCCUACCCCGUCCUGCUGUUAGGGCAUACAUACAGAUAUUUUUAAGAUGCCGCACGCUUACUGAAAUAGCACCAAAAGAAGACGAAAAAAUCUUCUUAACAAGUUAAGUUACAAGGAAUCAAUUUUAUUUCGCAUUUUACGAAUUGACAAAUGAGCAGAAAAGCAGGGAAAAAGGUGCGUCGAGGGCAUUCCUGCAGCGCCUCCUGCUGUGCAGAGCGGCAGGUCGGCAGAAGUCGUGUCACACACUCCUCACGCCACGAGUGGUAUGUCGGCUGGUUCUUUUGUUUUCAUUUCAUUUCAUUUUGCCAUUUGGAUUCAAUCCGUCUGGAACCUGAAGCAAUAAGUUCAUUCGACAGUAACGGCGUCGCUGAUGAGCCUGGUGGCAGACGUGAAGUAAAAGCUGCCUGAGCUUUUUAAUUCAUGUUCAAUUUUCUUUUUUUUUUUUGGCAUGAAUGAAAAGAGCAUCUCCAUAGUUUCCCCUCUCGGGCUCAUCAGUGAAAAAACGACACCUGGUUCUGGAUGUAACUUGUCAUAUUUACAUUUAAUGAAACACAUUUCAUCGCUGCUCGGUGAAAACCUCACAUCUCCAAAGGGAACUUUUUUUUUUUUUUUUUUUUUGACAAAUAAAGAAAAACUGUUUUGCUCUGUCUUUGCAGUGAUGCCUUCAAAUGUCUCCCUAAAUCUGACCAGCAGCUAAAAAAAACAAACAAACCCAAAGACAUAAUUUUAUAAAGUUAUGAACAGAGAAAAGGAAGACAAUCUUAGUAUCCUAGUGAAGCUGGAAUCAGAUGAUGCUGGUGUUUUUACUUGGGAAAUGACAAACGAUACAUCACUUAUCAAUAUUAUAAUCAUUAAUAUGACCAGUUGCAGUGGGGUUGUAAAAGGUUUUAUGAGCAUCACCUAUGGCAGAUUUUCUUUUUCUCAGCUGUCAUCCUUCGAUUUAAGUCAAUAAUCACCAAAACUGGAGUUGCGAGGUUUUCACCCAGCAAUUUUUAUCUUUGUGCAAUGUUUUUUGUCUGAUUUUCAUUACGUUUUUUUUUUUUGUCCAGCAUAGCAAUCCACAACUCCUCUGUUAUUGACUUCAGUGCAAUAGAUGGUUCUUUAUGGCUUUGGCACGCAUGACUUUGUUUUUUCUUUUUUUUAAUUGUCUCGGUUUUCAAUCUCUGUCCCGACCCAAAGUGUAGCUCAGCGAUGAGCGCGGUGCCCCCCGGUGGCCGAGUGAGAGAUGAAUGUAUCAGAUGUAUAUUUGAAGAAAAAAAAAAAAGAAAAAAAAAAAAGAACACAGUGCAUUUGGGUGAGUGGUGUUGUCUUAUACUGUGGAAAAAAACCUAAUCACUUUAGUACUCUUUACUACAGACCAAAAGAAUACAGUAUAAAGGAUAUAUUGAUAUAUUAAAGGUUUUAAUGUUUAUACAGAGCUAUUCUACUUGUUUUUUUGUACAGUCUGUUUUCCUACAUAGAUAUUUCCUGUGUAUUUUGGAAAGGGUUAUAUACAUAGUUAGUAUAUAUAUAUAUCUAUAUAUAUAGAUAUAUAUAUAGAUAUAUAGAUAUAUAUAUUCAGUAAUCGACACUAUUACCAAAAUGGUUUUGCCCAAAGACUUGGUUGGGCAUUGCAUGGGCAUUAUGGAAAUCCUCAGACUUUUUUUUUUGUUUUGUGACUCACAGGAUAUGAAAGGGUGCUCGAAUCCUUUCUAAUGUUUCUCCCGCUUAGUUGAAAUACCUCAGCCUGAAGUUUCUUUGCCCUCCGCCAGGCCCGUGCAGCCGCCUGCGCCGCCUGGAGCCCCCGGCGUAUGAUGCUUUAUCCAGUUCUUUGAUUGCUUUGCACCAGGCGCUCCGCUCCUCCAGCUCAUGCUCGCCGAGGACGGAGGCGCUCCUAUGUAGAUGCUUAUGUAUGUACUAUAGUUUUAUGGCUACAUUUUGGCCUCAAGGAAUGUAUUCACCCAACCUGAAGCACUUAUUUUUCUUUUCUUUCUUGUUCAGUUGUUCCUUUUAUUUUGGUGUGAUUUUUCUAUUUCCUCCCCCCUCCUGGUGUUCAGUUCUUCGAUGAACCUUCAGUAUCUGCUCUUCUCAGAGCUUUUUCCUCUCAGAGCUCUGUUAUGUUUGAAUCUGUGUUUUCAGAUAUUUUUCCUUGUCCUUGAUUAUGUUUCUCAUGAUCAAAAUAAAAAAAAUGUUAAAAUCCA